AUGUAUACGAAAUUCAUCUUCACCACCCUUGCCUUGGCAAGCAGCCUAGCAUCCGCAACCUAUGCCCCGGAACCCAUUAAGGCGGCGGAACGCGACGUUAAACCGCGCCAAACAUUAAAUCCUGGAGGCCCCGUUGAGUCUCUAAGCUCCGCAGCCGACCAGGGCACAACCGGCGUCCUGUCUAUUCAAACCGACACAUCCAUUUUACUCUCCAUUCAGACCGAUACUUCUAUUUCUCCCACUAUUCAAACAGAUACGGCAAUCAGUAGCAUCACCAGUGUCGUCUCCCCUACGACUUCAGGAUCCGAUACUCAAUCGCCCACAGCAGAUACUUCUGGCGCAUCUUCAUCUGAGGCGUCUUCAGUUUCCACAUCUAGCUCUGAUGCGGGAGCAGCAUACCCACAAGAAACAGGUUUCGCAUUAGCAGCGGCGGCGGCAGCGGGGCUUGUUGGUGUUGUAGCCGCAUUAUAA